CGCGACAUUGAGGUUAAGUUGUCCCAAACGUCGAGCAGUGUUUGUUCGCGUGUAGCACCCCAUUCAUCAACAUCUCCUUGAAACUCGAUCAGAGGUGCCCCAGAACAACCGAAAAUGGGUUCCUCUAAACGGCACAAGUCCGAGAAAUCUCGGGAAGUGAAAAAACGUCGUCACCGAAGUCGGACUCGCUCCAGAUCACGUUCGAGAUCUUAUUCUCCAGACAGACACAGUAGUAGCAGGCACCACAAGAAGCACAAGAGGAAAGAACGCAAGGAAUACGACAGCGAUGUGGAGAUCGUGAGUGCCCCACCGCCUCCAAAGAUCUCAAGACCCACCGAAGAUGCCCCACCGCCCCCAAAGAUCUCAGCAAAGCCCCGGAGUCCCUCCCCAAAGGGAGGUGCAGCCGUCCUGAGCUGCUCCAUCGAGGAAACCAAUAAACUUCGCGCCCAGCUGGGUCUCAAACCCUUGGAAGUGGACUCUGGUCCCUCCAAGGAGGACCCCAACAAACUCAAGGACGACCUCGGCGAGUUCUACCACAAGCCAGCGGAGAACACAGCCAGCACAGCACUGACACAAAAACACCGAGAGAGGAUAGAGACCCACAAGCAGAAACGUAAAAUCGAAGCAACUCUAUCCAAAGUACAUCUCUUAGGAGAGGACGACUCCAACGAUGAUGCCAAUGAGUGGGUGGAGAAGACCCGAAAGCUCGCUGAGGAGAAGAAAAAAGCGGAGGACAGGGCCAAACUCUUGGAGGAGAUGGAGGCUGUCUUUGGAGUUGAAUCCUUGGUGAAAGAGGAAGUGCAGAGCGAUAGGAAGCAGGCGUACACUGAGAGGGAUUUAAAGGGUCUCAGGGUGGAACACGACAUUGAGAAUUUCGCUGAGAGAAACGUAAUUCUCACCCUGAAAGAUAAAGGGGUCUUGGAUGAUGAGGAGGACGUCCUGGAAAAUGUCAAUAUGAGGGAUGAUGAGCGCUACAAGAGGAGUGUCAUCAACAAGAAGAAGAAACCGGGUUAUGACGCUUAUGACGACGACAACUUCGACGAGUUUGGCCUACCGAAAAAUAAAGUCCUCGAGAAAUACGACGAGGAGAUUGAUGGUGAGCGCAAGCAGUCCUUUGCUCUGGGGAUAGACAGUGCCAAGGAGGCAGAACAGCGAAGAUCUGUCAUGAUAAAGCAGAAGCUUGCGAACAAACGCCUGGAGACUAUUAAAGUUACAGAGUUGAAACUCGCGAGUGAAUAUUAUAAUGAAGAGGAGCUGGCGAAGUUCAAGAAGACCAAGAAGAAGAGGAAAGUGAAAAGGUCGCUUAGGGAUAAGGUACUGACAGCUGAUGAUUUAAUACCGGACACUGAUUAUCUGAGGGACCUGGGAAGUAGGAGGAGGAAACGUCCAGAUGAUUCGUUAGUUCCUGAGCCUGUUAAGGAGGAGAUCAAGACGGAGGAGGACUUCAGGGAGGAGCUUCUGCUGAGUCGAAAGCAGCAGAAGCUGCUGAAACCCAAGAAGAAGAGCUUAGAGACGAUCACUGAUUUUAUCAAGACAGAAGUCGAGGAGGUGGAGGACAGUGGAGGAAAUAUUGAGUUCGUCGCGACUGCUGAAUUCUGCAGGACACUUGGGGAUAUUCCGACUUAUGGACUUGCUGGUAACAGGGAGGACAAUGAUCAGGAUAUGAUGGACUUUGAGGAGCCGGAGGUGAGGGAUGAGGUAAUGCAGGAGGAGGACGAUGGUCGUGGAGCUUGGAAUUCAGUUGAGGUGGAGGAAAAAUCGACAGAACCUGUCGCUAUUGAGGCGGCUAUUCUGGAUAUUGAACCCUCUCUUGGGCAGGGGGUAGGGGGAGCUUUGAAGCUGGCGAUGAGCAAGGGAUAUCUGCAGAAGGAAGACACUAAUAGGCCUUCUGUCAGUCGUUUUGCUCAUCUCCAGGCGCAGAAUUACUCAAUCGAGGACAAGACUUAUGGCGACGAUGACAAAUUUGGGAGGAGGGACAGGUUCAAUGGACCCACCUCUGAGUUCAAAGAGAGAGAUGGCUUCAAACCUAAUCCGAAGUUGGAGUACAUUGAUGAUGAUGGACAUGUGCUGACUCCCAAGGAGGCCUUCAGGUACCUCUCGCAUAAGUUUCAUGGCAAGGGACCUGGGAAGAAUAAAGUGGAGAAGAGAAUGAAAAAGGCGGAGCAGGAAGUGCUUAUGAAGAGGAUGUCCUCCACUGAUACUCCGUUGGGGACGCUCAAUCUGCUUCAGGCCAAGCAGAAGGAGACUCAGUCACCAUUUAUUGUGCUGAGUGGAAGCAAGCAGAUGAAUACUACGAUAUCCAAGUCCAAACAUUGAUUUUUAUUGUGAGAAUUCGAAUGUGGCAGGGGGAGUGUUGAUGAGUUGGCGAAAGGACUUUUUUAGUCGAUCUCUUGUAUCCUCUUCUUAUUUUUUCAAGGAGUCUAGUUUAGGAGAAGAAAUAAAUAUUUCUCCUAUGGUUAAAUGAAAAGCCUGGGAUGAAGAAAGUAGUUAUAAUAAAAUUAUUCGCAUUCAGAUAUUCGUCAUAUAAUUAUCUGAAGUUUGGUUGACUUAUCGUACCCAUCGCUGCUCUUUUGAAUUCAGACGUCGUUUUCUGUAUAUAGAUUAGGGAGGAUUAUUUUUGUCCGAACUGAUAAAUCUUGAUCGACUUUGAGUUCAAUGAGGAGAAACUAUUGUGAAUGUGAGUUUCUGGUGAUUGUAGAAAGAAUUGGAAUAAUUGAUUUCAAUCUUUCUGUGAAUUCUAUUAAUAAAUAGUAUCAAUGAUUUGUA